UUUCCAGAGGGACCCACCCAUCUCCCUGACUGGCUUAGGCGUUGGCCUGGGCCCCGCCUCCCGCCGUGCUCUUUGCAUAUCGCCGUGACAACGGCGGGGGUGUACAGAAGAAGCGCUCGGGAUCCUGAGGAGAAGGCGGAAGUGUUGUGAGAUCGCAGCAUAGAUAAAGCACGGGACUUGUGGUUGUCAUAGGUGCGUUUCUCAGCGCUUCUCAACCGGAAGUUAGGAGUCGCAACUGGCCUGUCAACAUGGCGGCAGGCUCAGCGUCUUCCUUGGUUGGCGGGGGAUGGCCAGGCUCUGAGUCUGGGGACUUUUUGGCCCGCUACCGGCAGGUGUCCAACAAGCUGAAGAAGCGCUUCUUGCGGAAGCCUAACGUGGCCGAGGCCGGGGAGCAGUUCGCGCAGCUGGCCCGCGAGCUGCGGGCCCAGGAGUGCCUGCCCUACGCCGCCUGGUGCCAGCUGGCUGUAGCUCGCUGCCAGCAGGCGCUCUUCCAUGGGCCCGGGGAAGCGCUGGCCCUCACCGAGGCCGCCCGGCUCUUCUUGCGGCAGGAGUGCGACGCGCGCCAGCGCCUUGGCUGUCCCGCCGCCUACGGGGAGCCUCUGCAGGCGGCCGCCAGCGCCCUGGGCGCCGCCGUGCGCCUACACCUCGAGCUGGGUCAGCCGGCCGCCGCCGCCGCUCUGUGCCUGGAACUGGCCGCCGCCCUCCGCGCCCUGGGCCAGCCGGCUGCCGCGGCCGGUCACUUUCAGCGCGCUGCGCAGCUGCACCUGCCCCUGAUGCCACUGGCCGCGCUGCAGGCGCUGGGUGACGCCGCCUCCUGCCAGCUUCUGGCGCGCGACUACACCGGCGCCCUGGCGCUCUUUACACGCAUGCAACGCCUGGCCCGGGAGCACGGCGGGCACCCGGUGCAGCACCCCGAGCUGCCCCAGCAGCCUCCGCCGCCGCCGCCGCCUCCGCCGCCUCCAGGGCCCCAGCCCCCCCUGCUAGGACCGCAGCCGCGACCCACCUCCGCCGCGACCCUGCCCCUCCCGCUGCUCCCGGACCACGCCCCAGGCUCUGCCGCGCCCUCUCCUGGCACACUGGGCGCCUUCGCGGAUGUCCUUGUCCGGUGCGAGGUGUCCCGGGUGCUGCUGCUGCUGCUCCUGCAACCGCCGCCGGCCAAACUGCUCCCGGAGCACGCCCAGACCCUGGAGAAGUACUCCUGGGAGGCUUUCGACGGUCACGGCCAGGACAGCGGCGGCCAGCUUCCGGAGGAGCUGUUUUUGCUGUUGCAGUCCCUGGUCAUGGCUGCCCACGAAAAGGACACGGAAGGCAUCAAGAAGCUGCAGGUGGAGAUGUGGCCGCUGCUGAGUGCUGAGCAGAACCACCUCCUCCACCUGGUUCUGCAGGAAACCAUCUCCCCCUCGGGACAGGGGGUCUGAUAAGCCACCUGACCCGAACAGCCUUCCCUCCUGGUAACAGCUUGUUUAAUCUUUGGGGACAGGUGAUGAAAGAUGUGACCUUGCUUCUGUUU